CAGGAACCAUGGAGGAACCCGUACAUGGUGACCACUCACCACCCAGCAAAGGAUGGUUUCCACCUCUGCUAUCCGGCGGCAGCAGAUGAAGAAGGCCCAGCGAGGGUCUGUUUCUUCGUCAACAAGAGAAUUGACCACAAUAGAUGGCGCUUCAAGGAACACUCGAGAGACGUCUGCUCUCUCGUCAUUGAGCCUAGCAGGGACCAACAAGAGCAGCAGAGUGUGGCGAUCCACAACAUUUACAAUGCAGUAGGAGGUGGAGGUCCCACAGGCCCUACGCUUGUAGAUGUCCGCGCAGUCCUCGAGAAGCACAGCAGCAAUGAGCAAAUCCUGCUAGGCGAUUUCAAUCUGCAUCACCCUUUGUGGGGAGGCCAGAACGUUAGACACAUUGACCCACAGGCAGAAGACUUGAUAGCAAUUAUAGAAGACUUUGACCUUAGCAAUACGCUAGCGGCCGGGACAAUCACAUACGAAGAAGCGGCGCGGCAGACUACCAUCGAUCUAUGCCUCGUCACUGUCGGCCUCGUCGAUAGGAUGAUCAGAAGCGAGGUAGACCGCGAUCUCGACCACGACUCUGACCACCUACCGAUAAGCACAG